ACAAGUCACCGUCCCAGGGCGGAACACCUUUGCGACUUAAUGGGGUUAACUGCUCUGAAAUCAUUGGGAAAGCAAACUGUGACAGCAUCUGUGAAAAUGGGACAUGCCUUCAAAUAUCACCUGCAUCCUUCAAAUGCAUCUGUGACACUGGUUUCUCUGGCCCACCGUGUGAGAAGAGGAAAGCCUCCUGUGACCCAAAUCCAUGUAGAAAUGGUGGUACAUGUGAAGAGAGUCCCACAGGAUUUGUUUGUCAUUGUCCGGAACGAUUUGCGGGCCUCUACUGCGAAUCUCGAGUUAACUUCGAUUGCAAGUCGUACCCAUGUCAGGAGGAACAAAUGUGCACUGCAGGGGAUCGCGGUUCUGAAUGUGUCUGUGCAGAUGGUAGUGUGGCCACAGCGUGCACGAGGCAGAACAGCCUGUGUAGUCCAUCACCAUGUUUGAACAAUUCCACCUGUGUGUCCAGGGGAAAUGGUUACAUCUGCAGAUGUCUGAGUGGGUUUUCUGGGAAGAAUUGUGAAGAAAUAAUUGACUACUGCAGUCUGCUCAAUAUCAGCUGCCUAAAUGAGGGAUUGUGCUUGAGUGUAAUUGGCGGAUAUCAGUGUGUUUGUGCCCCAGGUUGGGUUGGAGAAUAUUGUCAAUAUGUGGGUGAUGCCUGUCAGAUAAAGCCAAACAGCUGUUUGAAUGGGGCAACAUGCAUUGCAACAAAUCAGCCAACAUCUCCCCCUCACUACACCUGCAAAUGUCCCCUUGGCUUUACAGGAACAAACUGUGAGACUGAGAUCAAUGAGUGUGACUCCAGACCUUGUCAGCACAAUGGCAAGUGCUGUGACUUGCUAGGAGACUACAGUUGCCAAUGUCCUACAGGUUUUCAAGGAAAGAGUUGUGAAGUUGACAUAGAUGCUUGUGCCCUGUCCAACAACACAUGUCCACCAAAUACUGAGUGUUUGGAUCUCCCUGAUGGGCUUGAGUAUACCUGCUGUGUACCCUGUCCUCAGCACCGUCAGCCUUGUGCCUUUGGAGGACGCUGUGUGUUAAAUAACAGCAGUGCUUACCGAUGCAUCUGUACCCCUGGAUGGUCUGGGCAGGACUGCCGCGUAAAUGUCAACGACUGUAUUGAACAUGGGUGUCAAAAUGGAGGCACUUGUAUGGAUGAGAUUGAUAGUUACAGCUGCCUUUGUCCUAGAGGAUACACGGGCAUCUACUGUGAAGAGGACAUUGAUUACUGUGUUGACCACCGCUGCUCUGAACAUGGUUUUUGUCUGGACCAGCAGUAUAACUUCACCUGCCGUUGCAUGCUUGGAUUCGAAGGACCGCUUUGCGAAGUGGAAAUAAAUGAGUGCCACAGCCUCCCUUGUUUAAAUGGUGCCACCUGUGUGGACCUAAUCAGUGAUUAUCGGUGCCACUGUCCCCCAGGAUUUGAGGGAAGGAUCUGCUCUGAAAAUGUAAAUGAUUGCUGGUCGCAGCCUUGUCUAAAUGGAGGUUCUUGUAUGGAUCUGAUAAAUGACUUCAUUUGUCACUGUCCAACUGGGUUCAAGGGGAAAGAUUGCUCUGUGGAUAUUGACCUUUGCUCAUUUGGAAUGUGCAGUGAACAUACAUUAAAAUGCACCGAGACCAAGGAUGGACAGAAUUUCUCUUGCACAUGUGAAAGAGGGUUUGGAGGGUCAUUUUGUGAAGUAAAUCUUAAUGAGUGCGAGUCAAACCCAUGUCAGAAUGGUGGCAUUUGCGUGGAUGGCAUUGACAUGUAUCAGUGCUUGUGCUCAGAGGGAUACCUUGGCAAAGAUUGCUCCUCAUCGGUAAGCCAAUGUGUGUCAAAUCCCUGCGACCCCGAGGGAACUAUCCUCUGUGAAAAGCUGGAAAAUACUUACAGAUGUGUGUGUCAACAUGGGUACACUGGGCGGCACUGCAAAACGCCUAUAAAGCACUGCGUUGAUGGCCUGUGUCAACAUGGUUCAGCGUGUGUCGAUCUAUCAGGAGGGUUCAAGUGUGAUUGUUUACCAGGUUUAACAGGCCAGUUUUGUGAGAUAAACAUUGAUGACUGUGAAAAAGAGCCAUGUGGAGUCCUGAGCAUUUGUAAAGUCACUUUGAACGGCUACAAUUGCUUCUGUGCACCAGGAUUUAUUGGAAAUAACUGUGAGAUUGAAGUGAAUGAAUGUCUCAGCCAGCCUUGUCGCAAUGGAGGCUCCUGCGUAGAUGAGCUCAACUCAUUCAGCUGCCAGUGUCCCCCUGGGAUCUCAGGCAUCUACUGUGAAGUGAACAUAGACGAGUGCAUGUCCUCUCCCUGCCUGCACAAUGCCACGUGUGUUGACCUAGUUCAUGCCUACGGAUGUCUCUGUAUGUCUGGCUUUGCAGGUACAACAUGUGAACUCGACAUUGAUGAGUGUGCUUCAUCUCCCUGCAAGAAUGGAGCCACUUGCAUUGACCAGCCUGGUAAUUACUUCUGCCAGUGUGUGGCUCCAUUUAAAGGUCAUAAUUGUGAGUUCUUACCCUGUGAGGCCAGUAAUCCCUGCGAGAAUGGAGCAGUAUGUGUGGAAGAGUUGGAUCAGGACCAUUUCCCUUUAGGUUUCCGCUGUCACUGUCGCCGUGGCUUCACUGGUCCCCGUUGUGAAAUCAAUGUGGAUGAGUGCAGCUCCAGCCCCUGUCUUCAUGGCUUCUGCUAUGAUGUUGUAGAUGGCUUUUACUGCCUUUGCAGUCCCGGUUAUGCUGGGCUCAGAUGUGAGCAAGACAUUGAUGACUGCGUGAACAGUUUGUGCAGCACCAACUCAGUAUGUAAGGACCUCCAUCUGAGUUAUGAGUGUGUGUGUCGCUCUGGCUGGGAGGGGGAGUACUGCCAACAAGAAAUUGAUGAAUGUUUAUCACAACCCUGCAAAAACAACGCCACCUGCACAGACCUUCUCAACAGCUACAAGUGUUUGUGCUCACGAGGCUGGACAGGUGUGGACUGUACAGACGAUGUGAAUGAGUGUGAUUCUGGCCCUUGUCUAAAUGGAGCUCAGUGUCAGGAGUCAGACAUACCUGGGGAGUUCUCCUGCACCUGUCCCCCCUUCUUCAGUGGCCCCUUGUGCAACCAGCCUUAUGACCCGUGUGACCCCCUCCACAAUCCCUGCCUACACAACUCCACCUGCCUGACACGCUCCAAUGGAACAGCUUCCUGCAGAUGCCCAGCUGGAUUUGAAGGAAGUUGGUGUGAAAUUGACACCAAUGAGUGCAGUUCAAACCCAUGCCAAAACCAGGGUGACUGUGUGGACCGGGUCAACAGUUACAGCUGUGUUUGUAAGGUGGGAUUUUCUGGCCUUCGCUGUGAGGAAGACAUCAAUGAGUGUGCCUCUAGCCCUUGCAAAAAUGCUGGCACAUGUCAGGAUCUUGUGAACAAGUUCCACUGCAUCUGCCCCCCUGGUUAUUUUGGAACGCUGUGUGACCUGGAUGUGAAUGAGUGUGAAGUUUCACCUUGCCUACAUGAGGGCAUCUGUAUCAACACGCCCGGGGGUUUCAAGUGUGUCUGUCGCUCUGGAUACUCAGGGCCACGUUGUGAAGUUGACGUCGACGAGUGUGUUUCAAACCCAUGCCAGAAUAGUGGAAAAUGUAUUGAUGCGCCUAAUCGAUACAACUGCUUGUGUGCGGGUGGCUUCACGGGGCUCCACUGUGAGGCCAACAUUGAUGAAUGCACGUCAACGCCUUGCCUUCAUGGGAGCUGUGACGAUGGAAUAUAUUCAUACACCUGUCUUUGUGAAUCUGGAUGGACCGGCAGCAGAUGUGAAACGAACAUCGAUGAAUGCGCCAGCAGUCCCUGUCUGAAUGGAGGCUCGUGUGUCGAUCUCAUUGAUAAAUAUGCGUGCUUCUGUCAGGUCGGCUACACGGGGAAAACUUGCGAGGAGGAUAUAGAUGUCUGCAAAGACGCCACUUUUAAUGUCUCGUUGUGUUUUAACGGCGCCACCUGCAAUGAUGGCGAAGGGUCAAACUUUACAUGCAGCUGUCCACCAGGUUUCACGGGGGAUUUCUGUGAAGUGGAUGUUAACGAAUGUUGCUCAGCUCCCUGCCACAACGGAGCAGUUUGCCAAGAUCUUAUUAAUAGCUACAUCUGCCACUGCAGGUCAGGUUGGACAGGCCUUCACUGUGAGGAUGACAUUAAUGAGUGCCUUCCACAGCCCUGCAACCAGGGGAUAUGCAUUCAGAAUGAUCCAGGCUAUGGCUACACCUGUUUCUGUCGUCCUGGAUUUGUGGGGAGUAACUGUGAGCACAACUAUGAUGAUUGCCUGCUGAAUCCGUGUCCAGAAGCAUUUUCCUGUGUAGAUGGCAUCAACAAGGUCAGCUGCCUGCCUCCUGUUAUGAAUCCUGUUCCCUUGGCGACUGCAGUUGAGAACAUCACUCGCGGCUCCACACCCAGAGUGCCGAUGCCGACACUCUUCCCGGCACCAGCAGCUGAGGGGUCCACAGAUUCAAGCUACCUUCAUUAUUUUGGGAAUUCAUACCUGGAGUUUCCAGGUAUUGACCUCAGCACUCUCAACAACAUAACUGUGAGAUUUCAAACCACAGUGGCCCAAGGAACUAUACUAUAUGUCGACCAAGGACCUGCUAACGGUGAUUUCUUUUUCAUGAAACUCUUCAUCCUCGAUGGAAUCUUACAGUAUGCUUUUUGCUGUAAUGAAGAGGAAGAGGUUACAUGGAUUACUACAUUAAUUCGUGUUAAUGAUGGCACAGUUCAUAUUGUAAAUAUCAGACAACGCCUGACACCUUGUGAAGCAGAGCUCACUCUUUCUGGCCAUGAGAAAAUUAAAAGUACUGCAAGCAAUUACUGGUUGGGACACAUGAUCCAAAGAACGAACAAUGUCUUCACAGGGGGUUUGCCACAACAGUUUAUUCCCAGUCAGAAAGCAGAACCUUUCCACAACUACACUGGCUGUCUUGAAGUCAUUGAAAUUAAUAAACUGAGGAGCUUCUUCACAUCGGAUGCUAUUGCUGGCAGCAACAUAGAUCGAUGCAGAUUCACUGUGCAUGCCAUACAAGCCUCCACAACAACUUCCUCAAGUCUGGAAGCUCAAUCACCUACCUUUGACACAGUGUUUGCAACAACGUUGGCAAUUCCCACACAAGCACCAGAACAUCCAAUGAAUGAACCUCUAGUUUGCCACGACAGUCUUUGCCGCAACGGAGGGACGUGCCUUCAGCUGCAGCCGCCUGGUGAAGCUCAGCUUUCUUGUCACUGUCCGCUUCAUUUCACUGGAACGUUUUGUGAAAAAGAUGCCACAGUAUAUAUCCCUUCAUUCGAUGGAACUUCCUACUUGGAGCUACGGCCACUUGCGUUGCUUCUCCAGCCUUCUGGUGUCAGCAAUAAUCGACCUGCAGGAGUCAAAGACACCCCUGUUUUUCUCUGUUUGGCAGUGAAAACCAGAUCCAGACAAGGAACGAUCCUCUACACUCAGGAGCAGAACUUUGGGGAUCGGUUCCUUCAUGUUUUCAUUCAAGAUGGAAGCCCUGUUGCUAAACUCGGUUGUGGUGGCAGUCAUAUUUUGCAUGCAGCUGUAAAUCAGAACAUCAAUAACAACAGAUGGACGUCAGUCACCACCAGAUACAAUCUGCCUGUUGGCAAACAAGGAGGGCCGUGUAUGAUUGAAAUAGCUGCAGAUAAUGGCACGGCUCAGCAUCUCGAGGAGUACGUCUCACACCCUAUGUCACAGGGGACCUUUGGACCCAUAUUCCUUGGGGAUGUUUCAUCUCAGUGGGACAUCCAUGGCAAGAGUGAAAAACCAGAGAAGAGAUUCACUGGUUGUAUCAGAGAACUUCAGGUCAACUCAAAGGAGAUUUACCUGAUGGGUGAGGCAGUUAGAGGGAGAAAUAUCAAGAACUGUGACCCUCCUGUCUGCCAGCACUUUCCUUGUCGUAAUGGAGGAACUUGUAUCAGUGAUGCUGAGGACUGGUUCUGCGAGUGCCCCCCAUUAUACACCGGACGGCUGUGCCAGCUCACCUCCUGUGAGCGCAACCCCUGCAGUCACGGAGCCACAUGCAUCCCGAAGUCACCAUUAGAGGCCGUUUGUCUGUGUCCCUAUGGAAGACAGGGUCUGCUGUGUGACCAAACCGUCAAUAUCACUCGUCCCAGAUUCAGUGGAAGUGAUGAGUUUGGUUACACCUCCUUCGUGGCUUAUUCCUCCAUCCCGAGCCUCAGUUUCUUCUACGAAUUCAAGCUGAAUUUUACGCUUGCGGACAGUUCCUCUGCUGUCAAAGACAACCUUAUGCUGUUUGCUGGACGUAAAGGACAAGGCAAUGAUGGGGACGACUUCCUUGCUUUAGGAUUAAAAAGUGGAAGACUUGUACAUAGAUUCAACCUCGGAUCGGGGAUAGCAACCAUCGUUAGUGAUCGACUGAACCAUCAGAUCAACAUCCACACCGUCACGUUUGGAAGGUCUAAGAAAACAGGAUGGCUGAAGGUUGACGGCCAACGUAACAGGACAGGAUUGUCUCCGGGACCUCUGGUGGGCCUCAAUGUUUUCAACCAGCUCUUUGUAGGUGGAUAUAAUGAGUACACCCCUGAACUACUGCCACUUGGCUCCAGGUUCCGUCAUGGCUUUCAGGGUUGCAUUUUCGAUGUGCACUUUCGCACAAGGAGAGACCGAAAGUUCCAAGCGCUGGGACAACCUGCGGGUCAUCCAGCCUUUGGGCGCAGCGUGGGUCAGUGUGGCGUCACCCCUUGCGUUCAUGUUAAGUGCAGGAACGGUGGGACGUGCGUGGAUUCCGGCUCAUCUGUGUAUUGCCAGUGCCCAUUUGGAUGGAAGGGAGCGCUCUGUUCUGAGACCGUGUCUGUGUGUGAUGUCGAGCACAGCCCCCCUCCUUUGUGCGCCCACGGCUCCACCUGCAUCCCUCUGCCAAACGGAUAUACCUGUCAGUGCCCCCUCGGAACAGCAGGGCUCUACUGUGAGAAAGCUGUGACCAUCAGUGAUCCAUUCUUCAGUGCUAACCUCUCCUCGUGGAUGUCAUUCCCACCUACGAGUAUAAGACACAGGACUGAUUUGCAAGUGCAGUUCCAGCCUUUAUCACCUGAUGGCAUCCUCGUCUACAUUGCACAACAUCUCAGUGCCAGAGCUGGAGACUUCUUCUGCCUCUCACUGGCAUCCGGGUUUGUCCAGCUGCGGUACAAUCUUGGGGACGGCACCCACAUCCUGCAGUCCUCUGAACAAGUGGACUUAAGCGGCAGGACCUGGCACACGGUUAAGGCUGGCCGAACUGGUAACCGAGGCUUCCUCAGUCUGGAUAAAAAGGAAGUUAGAGAAAAUGUGACCGAAGGCAUGGCCACGCUUGAUGUUGCUACUGACGUCUUCGUCGGAGGCGUGUCGACUCUGAGCUUUGUCUCCACGGAUGCAACUGAAGGGGAUCCUGUGAGCUUCACUGGUGGCCUCCGAGAGUUUACACUCAAUGAUCGAGAGUUUGAGUUAACAGAGAGGGGAGCUUUAAGUGGGGCCAACAUAGGUGACUGGGAUGGGACAGCCUGUGGGUACAAGGUGUGCCAAAAUGGAGGUCACUGCAGGGCAACAAGUAGUGACUCGUUCACUUGUGUAUGUCCGCCAUUAUGGACCGGUUAUGUGUGUAACCAGUCUGUGAGCUGUGUAAACAACCUCUGCAAACAUGGUUCCUUAUGUGUGGCAUCUAGUGUCACCUCAUAUCACUGCAAUUGCCCCUUAGGGUGGAGCGGGAGGUACUGUGACAAGGAAAUGUCCACAGACACUCUGAAGUUUGUUGGAAACUCUUUUGUUAAAUACUGGGACUCUAAAUACAACACAAGAAACUUAAAAUACACACAGGUUUCUUUCAGCUUUCUCACAGUCUCCAAUGACAGUCUGAUCAUGUGGAUGGGAAAGGCUGAACACGAAGAUGAUGACUACCUUGCAGUUGGACUUGAAGGGGGCCAUCUUAAAAUAACAGUCAGUCUUGGAGAAAGACUUUCCCUCCCAUUGAUUUUCAGAAAUCUCACUCUCUGCUGUAACAAAUGGCACAAUGUCUCUAUAUCUCUAAAUAGCACCGUUAUUCAAGUGUCACUGAACAGCCAGGAGAUCCUCUCUGGAAAUGUAGAUCCAUUUGAGCGAUAUGUAGCCUUAAACUACGGGGGGCAGUUUUACUUUGGAGGGUUUGAACUGUACAGAAACAUAUCAGUUGUGACCUUGGGAAUGUUUUCAAAUGGCUUUGCGGGGAAUCUUAGAAAUGUCUGUUUGUUUGGAGAUACCAAGCAAGAGCUGUUUCUUAAAAAAAGUGAAGGUUUUAAUAUCUUUGAUGGAAACGAGUAAUAGUGAAACUGCAAGUUCUGGUCUUUACAACAGUAGGAAAUGUACUUUUUAAGGUAGCUGAUACUGUGUUUUGUAGUAUUUACAGUCAUGUGAAAAUCCAAGUGCACUCUUACCGUCUUCAUGUUCUUUAUACAGACCAAGGUGGAGAUUUUUGGCUGUAAUGCACAGUAGCACAUUUGCUGAAAACCAAACAGCAUAUCAACACAGAUGACUCCAACCAACUGUCAAGCACAGUGGUGGAGGGGUGACGAUUGGGACUUGGACAUCUAAUCAGAGUCGUUCGUGAACUCCUCUGUACAUUUAACUAUUCUAGAGUCAAAUGGGAGGCAGUCUGUCUGACAUCUAAAGAUUGUCCAAAAUUGUGUCAUGCAACAGGACAAUGAUCCCAAGUACAGCAGCAAAUCUACAACAGAAUCAAUCACCUCAACCUGACUGAAAUGUUGUGGUGGAAACUUAAGAGCUGUGCAAAAACAAUUACCCUCAAAACUCAAUGAAAUGCAGGAAUGCUGUAAAGGGUGGGCCAUAAUUCUUUCACAACAACGUGAGAUACUGAUAGUCAUACAGAGUAGUUAUUUAAAGUUACUUCAAGACAUUACUUGAAGUAAUUGCCGCUAACGGUGGUUCUCCAAGUACUCAAUCGUGGGGUGCACUUAGUUUUUCACAGGACUGCAUAAAGUCCUGUUUUUUAAAGCAAUUGAAUUGUACUACUUGUUUCUUCAACACUGUACAUACCAGUUCUGAGUUGCACUUAAAACUCAGUUUGAUGAAAUAUAUACAUUUAAAGUGUUAAAGGACAAAUUAAAUUUUCUGAUUCCUUGGCUGACUUUUCUGAUUUACAUCACUUUCCAAACAAAAGGUAAAACUUAACAUGACACCCAUCUACCCAUCUGUUAAUCCAUUUUCUUAUCCUUAUCAAGAGCUAACAAAAGGGAAAAUCAUUCAGUUACAUCACACCUAUGGGUAAUUUAGAAACAUCGAUGCACCUAACCCUGCAAACUGCAUGUCUUUGGACUGUGGGAGGAAGCCGAAGUACCCAGAGAGAACCCACUCACACAAUGGGAGAACAUGCAAACUCUACACUGGGGUUCCCGGUCAAGAUGAUGGAUUCAAACCAAGGACCUUCUUACUGCAAGGUCGCAAUGCUAACCAUCUAGUUCCACUACAUACAGACCACUUUGAAUUUGAAGGGACAGGAUGAGUGAAUCUCUCCUUUCUGCCAGUGUAAAGUUGUUUAAUUACACAUUAAACCCCUGAGAUAUCUUAGUGUAAAAACAAGUACAAUUUCAACAGCAUUUCUCACUUUUUCUAUAUGAUAAACAUGAAAAUUCGGAAAAUUGUUCUGGUAGCUCAUUGUUUUUGUUAAUUCACAGAAAAUAUUCUUUUACCAAAAUUUCUAUAGAUUGGUGAAAAACAGGGACUUUUCUAUCAUUUGUUUCUUUAUUACUUCGUUCCUUUAACAAGAAUGGCCAUGGGGGAGGUCUUUAUCAAUAGGAAAAGCUGUAAAACUAUAAAAAUACACUUUACUCAAAAACGCAUGCCCUCCUUCACUUUUCCCAAUCAUCCAGUGGGCCAGAUCGGAGUCUUUGCUGGGCCGAUUCUCCCCCCCAGGCCUCAUGUUUAACAACUCUGACCUAGUUGGUUUUAAUACAUUUUUUAGACAAAGAAUUUCUUUAAAUAAUUAACAAUAAAAAAAGGAUCAGCUUUAUUACGAACUGUACAAUAACACAGUGCAAAGGCACACUUCAUCUCUAAUGUAUAUUACAAGCCAACAUGUACAUACUUUCUCAAUAGAAAGCAGGUUUAUAAAAUAUUUAAGCAAUUUAAAAGAAAUGUUAAAAAAAAAACAAGCUGCUGUUUUUAGUUAAAUACCUUCUAUUACAUUCAGGCCAAAUGAACUCAGCACAAAUUAUCCAAGUGGUCCACUUGUUUGUUGUUAUGUUGCUUUGAGACUGAAACCAAUCAGUACAGCAGCUCAAUAUGAACAACAUAUUUACAAUAAAAAGUUUAAAAGUUAAAAAUGUUCCAAUAUUGACUUUUUUUUCUUGGUCUUAACUGAACUGAUCCAUAAUA